CGCGCGUCGGCCGGCGCCCGCACGGGCAGGUCCCGGGGCAGCGGCGGCGGGCGCUCCGGACGCUCCGAUGCGGCGGCCGCGAUGCACCAGAAGCUGUUGCGGAGCGCGCACUAUAUCGAGCUGGGGAGCUACCAGUACUGGCCCGUCCUGGUGCCCCGGGGCAUCCGCCUCUACACUUACGAGCAGAUCCCCGUCUUUCUGAAGGACAACCCCUACAUCACGGACGGCUACCGCGCCUACCUGCCCUCACGCCUCUGCCUCAAGAGCCUCUUCAUCCUCUCCAACGAGACCGUCAACAUCUGGAGCCACUUGCUCGGCUUCGUCCUCUUCUUCACGCUGGGCAUCUACGACCUGACAGCUGUCCUGCCGGCCGCCGGCGCCUCCCGAGAGGACUUUGUCAUCUGCUCUGUCUGCCUCUUCUGCUUCCAGGUCUGUAUGCUUUGCUCAGUAGGAUAUCACCUGUUCUGUUGCCACCGCUCAGAGAAGACCAGCCGCCGGUGGAUGGCGUUAGAUUACGCAGGAAUUUCCGUGGGGAUCCUGGGCUGCUACGUGUCGGGGGUGUUUUAUGCGUUUUACUGCAGUAACUACUGGCGUCAAGUGUAUUUAAUCACCGUGCUGGCAAUGAUCCUGGCAGUAUUUUUCGCUCAGAUUCAUCCCAGUUACCUCACACAACAGUGGCACAGGCUGCGUUCCAUCAUCUUUUGCUCCGUGUCUGGAUAUGGAAUUAUUCCCACCAUCCACUGGGUUUGGCUCAACGGUGGCAUUGGGGCAUCUAUUGUACAGGAGUUUGCACCACGUGUAGUUGUCAUGUACUUCAUCGCUGCUGUAGCUUUUCUCUUCUAUAUUUCCAAAGUCCCAGAAAGAUACUUCCCAGGACAGCUGAACUACCUCGGCUCAAGUCACCAAGUCUGGCACGUCCUUGCAGUGGUGAUGCUGUACUGGUGGCACCAGUCCACCGUGUACAUCAUGCAAUAUCGGCACAGCAAGCCCUGUCCCGAGUACAGCACAGACUUGUGAAUGAAGAGGCACUGAACUGACUUGGAGGGUCUGGACCUUACCUGAUGAGCUGAGCUAUGAAGUUAAGCAGCAAGGCGGUUGCUUUUCUGACUUCUGGACUGUUACCCAUUCACUGGGACAGCAGUGCCCAGGAUCUGACACUCGUUUCCCAUCCAGCAAUCAAGUGCAGAACAGGUCUUCCUGGAGCGGGGCAGUGGAAAGGUGGGCUGUAACACUACUCAGCAUUCGGACCAGCAGCAGUAUUUUUUUCCCUUUGUAAGCACGGACAGCAGACACAGUUACCCCUGCUGAGCUAACAGGCCCAGGUUUUCAGGUUUUGUCCAAGUACAGAAUUAAGAAACUGCUCCUGAUGGCACACCUGUAAAACCAUAGUAACCAUGGGACUGGGGCAUAGAUGUGAAUCACAGUGGUACAGUGUGUUGCAUCCUUCAGAGUCUUGGUCUGAGUGACCUGUUUAUGCUUCAGCAUCACUACAGUAACCUAUAAACUUGAACUCAGUGGACUACUGUACUUUUCUCAACAAGCUCUUUUCCUUUUUCUGGGAGGUAAGGUUAUUUGUCACCCACCAUCACAAUAUCUGCAUUUCAGAUCUUGAAAAUCGCCUCAGUGCCAAUUAAUAUAAGAAGUUCCUCUAGAACCCCUCAGUAAUUUGGAAUUAGCGUUCUAAAAUAUUUCAGGAGUAGCAAUAAGCCUGUGUGUUCAUCUUUGCCACUGUUUUGUAAUCAGUAGAGCUGCUAAGCAUCUUUAAAGUUAAUAUUUGUUGAACAGGAUUACACACCUCACACAGUGACCCUGCUGGGAAUUCACAUCCCUGCAGCCUGGCCUCAGAACGUGUGACAUACUGCUCUGCACUUGCAGACCUUGUUACUGAACAUGACUUGCUGCCAUGAGCUUUCCCAGUAAAAAGGUUGUUUUUAGGUUUUAGAAUGUGUCAUGAAACCAUCUCUUACAAACUCAACAUGAAAAAGGCAGAUUGUGAGGUGGCUGUAGCUCACUGUGAUUAACCUCAUGGUUAAUGGGUGCCAGUUGUUUAAAUGGGAUUGGAAUUCUUUGGAUUUGUGGGUUAGAAUCAACAUUUUAAAGUGGCUUCUGUGUAACAGCUGUGCUUGUAUUGACAGUUGAGUUCAGCAGGGGUAGCAAAUGCUGCUGCUUUGCCCCAUCAAGUGUUACCAUCAGCCAUUUGGAAAUCCCUGCGCUUUGUUCAAGGUGCUGUUAUGACCCAGUCCCACGUGGUUCAAGUCUGGGACUUGAGCUGUUGAAGGAUGCAGUGGCAUUGGCAGGACUGGCCUUAGAAAGGAGGAGAUAUCCAAAGGGAUUCUGCUUGGACUGCAGGCAGAAAGAGUCUGUCCAGGGAUUAUUAACCAUCUCAGCUUCCCUGUUACCUGCAGUAAGGCCUUUGAUACAGUCCUAGCAUCCCUCACAUUCUGCAGUUGUUGGGCAACAGCCAGCUUAAUCCACAUGGACAGGGGUAUUGUACCACUCCAAAUCAGUUGUCUUACACCCACAGCCAAGGAAAAGAGGUCACUGCCUCCUAGGGGGAAGGAAAGCCUUUGGCAAACCCUGCUGAAAGCUGCACAAGACAAGGAGCCCUUACUGAACUCUAAGCCUUGUCCAUGUGAUUCUAUGUUAUGCCAUGUCUCCUCUCAGGAAGGGUUUUGGCUGACUCAGGGGAAGGCUGGCUGGUUGCAGGCCCUCCUCAAGGCCCUAGAUGCCACCUCCUCUGUGGGCUGAACAAGUCCUAGUCUCUCAUCUUUGUGUGCCAAGGCCAUGGGGAAUAGCCAUGGAAAUGCAGCAUCAGGUACCUGAACACUCAGGGGGCAGGUACUAAGGUUUCUGCUGGUGUGCUGGAGAGUAAUGCUGACCAUCUCCAGAGUUCAGGGUGGUGGUUGGGGGUGUUUUCUCAACUCCAGAAAUGAGCAGUGGCAAGAACUUGGCAUUUAGGAUUCAGCUCCCAGACCUUUGAGCCUUUCAGUGGAAACACUGAUUUUUUAAUUUUUUUUUUAAACUUGAGAGCCAAGCAAGUUUCAAGUGCACUAAUUACUACUGCUGAAGCCUGACGAGGCACCUGCAAGUAUAAAAGCCUGUUUCCAGUGUUAUGUGAACAAUAAUAUUUCAAGGAUGUGUUGUGUAUUGGAAGCAUACUGACUUUAGAGUUUGCUAAUGUGGUUUUUUUUAAUAUAAACUCUGUAACUACUCCAGCAGUUUGCACUGGCUAAGGAAACUGACUGCCAAGCUGUACAUUUUUAUUACCCUGACAGAAUUUACCAAGCUGCAUGCUCGUCUUUUAUGUACAUACUGAACUUGUAAAUAAAUUUCAAUUCAUUGAUGUUUA